AUGACUCGGGCGGAUUCUAGCCACUCUGCCAAUCUUAUUUUCCUUGGCGCCAAGAGACUCGAAGAUGCUAAUGUCGUGUAUUUUGAUGAUUUGCUACGACAAGAUGAGUGUUCCAAAGUCCGUGAGGUCCGCCAAAUCCAAGACAACGUAGGAUUCGAUGAUGAAGCUCCUGUGAUGUUCACUUCCGGUAGUACGGGGGUCCCAACAGCUGUCCAGUAUUCACACCACGGAGCCAUCAUCACCGCAAGAUGCGGGUUUCUGAUUGCCUCAACUCUCAUCUGUCUUCCGACCCAGAAGACCGUGCGGGACGGAGACGCAGGAUUCGUGCUCGGGAUCCUGCAGAAUGAGCGCGUCACGCAUGCGCUGUUGGUGCCAUAUCUCGUUAGGGACAUCCUAAAUAUGGGAACGACCCGGUUUGACCUCAGCACCCUUCAACUCAGCAUGAUAACAGGGCAGCCAAUCAACAUCUCUUCAGUGAAUUACGGAUUGAAAGUCCCACAUGGAAUAGAAGUGAAAGUAGUAAAUGAAAAUGGUAUUCUCCUGCCGCGAGGCUCACCCGGCGAGAUAUACAUCCGUGGGGCUGCACGUUGCCUUGGUUACCAUAGGCAUCCAGAAUCAUCCAUCUUCACCUCGACCGACUGGAUCAAAACAGGAGACAUUGGAGUCAUAACAGAGUCAAAACGACUGUGCAUGUUUGGUCAUAAGAGAGACAUGAUCAAAAGAGCCACCUCUAAGAUCUUCCCAGCAGAAAUCGAGAAAAUCCUGACACAACACCCGGACCAGCGGUUGUUUGAGGAGCUCUGCGCAUGCGUUAUUCCUGGGCCGGGGCUCACUAUGGCGAAGCUUGAGGCCUGGGAAGAGAGCCAGUGGAAGAAGUACGUGGAUGUAACAGGUUUGACGCUCAAGCCCAGCCGAAUUGGUGGAAAAGAGCUUCUGAAGAAAAUGCGACCGAACAGUGCAUUUGGGUGUUUGAGUUAA